AGAACGCUCGGCACCUUCCGGCGCUGCUGGCUCGCGCUCCGCUCUGCCGCGGUUUGCGCGUGAGCUGCGGCCAGAUCCAAACAGUCCGCGUGUGCUCAACAUGGCGGAGGUUCCGUCCGGACCCUCACAAGUGUCCCGGAAAAGAGGCACUGAGGCCGGCGAGCUGCCCGAACACGUCCCGGAGAGGAAGAAGGCCUGCUGGGGCAUUCUGACGAGUCAAGGGUCCUGGGCAGAUCGCUCACCUCUCCAUGAAGCAGCCUCUCAGGGUCGCCUACUUGUUCUGCGGACUCUGCUGGCCCAGGGGCACCACGCUAACAUUGUCACCAUUGACCAGGUCACCCCCCUCCACGAGGCGUGCCUGUCAGGCCACCCUGCCUGUGUCAGGGCAUUAAUACAUGCUGGAGCUAAUGUGAAUGCUACCACCAUCGAUGGCGUCACUCCGCUGUACAACUGUUGUGCAUCCGGGAGUGUUGGCUGCAUGGAACUGUUGCUGCAGAACGGAGCAAAUACUCACAUGCCACACGCACACUUCCCUUCAGCUCUGCAUGAAGCUUGCAAGAGAGGUAAUAGCCACUGUGUGGAGACUCUGUUGUCUCAUGGAGCAGAUCCAGACUAUGAUCAUCCCCUGGGCUCACCUCUUUACGUGAGCUGCUUGCACCAGCAAACCGCCUGUUCCCGAGUUCUGUUACACAGAGGAGCGAGGGUUAACGUGGGCCGAGGCGGUGACAGUCCUCUCCAUGCGGCUGUUAGACUGGACAGUGCUGAUCAGGUCUUAGUAUUAUUGGACUAUGGAGCUGAUUUCAACCUCAGAGAUGGCAACAACCAGCGACCUGUUGAUGUAGCACCCUCUGGUGGAAAGACACAACAACUGCUCCUUGCAUAUGAAGUUUGUCCGAGGAGCCUCUGUCAGUUGUGUCGUUUCCAGAUUAGGAAUCUGAUUGGUCGGACUCGGCUGAAGCUCCUUCCCCUCCUCCCUCUCCCUUCUUUGCUUACCCAGUAUCUGGAGCACACGUAGGACGACGUGCCACCAGCAUGAAAACGAAACGCUCCUAUGUUACUCACAGUUUCUUUAAAAGACAAAUGUGCUGUUUUUGAGGUUUUGAUGGAAUGACCGACCGAUUUGCAUUGGUUUACACGUUGGUGACAUUUGUGCAUUUGGGGUAUCUGCUAAAUCUGCAAUAUGGAGCAGAUGUAGAUCAAACUUAGUGUAUUCAUUGAGAGUGCCAGUUUAUGAGUUAUUGAGGCACUUUUCUUUUUUUUUGGUGUACAAAAUGUACACCAAAUGGGCUUUUCAAUAU